AUGACGAAACAGGUCGACGCCAGUUUUGAGAGCAACAAAGCCUCGUACAACGACACGGACUCGCAGGGCUCUAGUAAUGAUACGGACUGCGGGCCGCCCAGUGCCGUAGACACGUACGGCAAGUUUCCGAUACAAUCCUGCCUCCGUCGAACGGCCAACCACACUGACGCGAGCGCCCCGGACGAGAUCGGCUCUAACUCCGUGAGCCGGCCGAGAAAGAAAUUCUUGAAAGUUGAAUUUACCGGUAUGAUAUCGGACGAGGAUGGAGCUCAAAGCGAUACGGAUAAGGAAUUGUACCAGAUUCAAAGGAAAGGGCUUACCGGUAUACGUCUUCGUGAACCAAGGUUGUCCUUACUGGGCAAGCCUAUCAACUACAGGGCCCACAAAAGGGAUGUUCGUUACCGUAGGGCCCAGGCUAAGGUGUAUAAUUUCCUGGAGAGACCGACGGGAUGGAGGGAUUUCUUGUAUCACAUAGUCGUAUUUUUAAUGGUUUUCAUGUGUUUGGUUCUGAGCGUACUUGUGACCAUUCCUCAACAUCACAAUUUGAUGACUCAGCUUUUGUUUUUUGUGGAAAUCGCCAUGGUGCUAUGGUUCAUGCUGGAGUACGUGUUACGUGUCUGGUCUGCUGGAUGCAGGUCCCGGUAUCAAGGGCUCGCGGGCCGGGCUCGAUUCGCACGAAGACCAUCAUGCAUUUUAGAUUUAAUUAUAAUUUUAGCCAGUAUAAUUCUACUAAGUGUGGGCAGUAUAGGGCAGGUAUUCGCCACCGCUCUCAGGGGCCUACGCUUCUUCCAAAUUCUCCGCAUGGUGCGUAUGGAUAGGCGUGGGGGUACGUGGAAACUUCUGGGGUCUGUAGUCUGGGCUCAUAGACAGGAGCUGAUGACAACUGUAUAUAUAGGAUUUCUUAGCCUUAUUUUUUCCUCGUUUCUUGUGUUCCUCGUUGAGCGGGGUCACAGUGAGAAAAAGUUUAGUACCUACGCCGACGCUCUCUGGUGGGGAGUGAUCACUCUAUGCACUGUGGGAUACGGUGAUACGGUCCCCGAGACUUGGGCAGGCAAACUUAUCGCAGCUUUUUGUGCCGUUUUGGGAAUAUCAUUCUUCGCACUUCCGGCUGGCAUUUUAGGUUCCGGAUUCGCCUUAAAAGUGCAACAACAACAAAGACAAAAACAUUUAAUCAGACGCCGUGUGCCUGCCGCCAUGUUGAUUCAGUCGCUAUGGAGAUGUUACGCAGCUGACGAACAUUCCAUUUCCAUAGCAACCUGGAAACCUCAUAUGAUUCCAUGCCCUAGUCCUUCACAAGAAACGUCUCGACGAGCCAACAGUUCUUUUGUAAGCCGAUUUUCCACACGGCGGAGAGAUCGUGGAUAUCAACAUAACAACAACAACAACUCAAAUAACCAAUGUCCGCCCACGCCGACGACAAGGUACGGGUCUGGUCGACGUCAUAAUAUUCCUAACGCCAACACGGACGAGAACGAGAUUCCAGACGCUCUAAACAGGAGCCCACUAAGCCUAGCUGUCGGGGAUAAAGAAUCCAUGUCGUCAAGCGUCCGUAAAGAGAACUCCGUGUCUUCCUUCUGCGGAAAAGACUCAGAGGACGACGUGGACUCCUCAUCACCCAGCAUGACUCAGCUCACAGAUACUCACAAAAAAGCCAUCCGGGCCAUACGCAAAAUUCGAUACUUUGUAGCGAGGAAAAAGUUCCGAGAGGCUUUACGUCCUUAUGACGUCAAGGACGUCAUCGAGCAGUACUCGGCAGGUCACGUGGACAUGCUCAGUCGAAUCAAAAACCUGCAGUAUAGACUGGAUCAGAUUCUUGGAAAAGCCGGCGGGAAGGGUAAAGACGUCUACGACUCGAAAAUAAGCUUAGCCUCUCGAGUAGUCAAAGUAGAACGACAGGUGGAUGAUAUCGAAUCAAAGCUCGACCUCUUGAUCGACAUGUACCGAGAAGACAGGGAAUACAUGAUGCAACAACAACAAGUGUUCAAAGCACUGUUACAAUCAAAUGACCAAUUAGUAACGCAGAAUGUAGUUACUGCAGAACCAAAGCCAUUCGCAGCUCUGGCAAAUGCCGGACAUGCACGAUCUCAGCCUAUGUCAAUCAAGCCAAGGCCAAUAUUAGUGGACAAAUCAGCUCGUGGGGCCAGUGAACCGGCCACGCCCACCACGCCCAUUUUAAGAAAUCCUGUGCGGCCAAUGCAAAGAAACCACUCCGACCUUGGCACCAGGGUAAAGAAAAAAGUGACUUACAGUGGCUGUUUAAACCUGGACGCCGCGCCGCUGAGACGUAAAAGAGAUGUCAAAUUCUCAGUGGAGCCUGUUCACUCCAGAGAUCCAGAGCAACCGCGAAAUACGCAAUCCUGCGAAAAUAUUCCGCUACGCGAAACUUUUCCACUUCGCGAAGCCAUUCCUCUUCGCAACAUACCCUCGCCGCCAAAGCCCAAUGAGAGUGAGGCGAAAACCACGCCCCUUCCAAGCGCGGACGUCGACGAGGACAAUGACGAUUCGCUAGGCACUGAUAUUUAUUACACGGACGCUUUUGAUAACUUGGACUCGCCCACAUUGGACGUGACUUUCUCUACCGGCAGCGUCAGCAGCAAUGACCAAACCUACACAGUGCAAGGAGAAGAUAGUGAUCGACAUAGCACGUCAAGUGCCUGCGAAAAAGAGGCUCUGCUAUGGGGUGACGACGACGGCAUGGUGUAA